UCCCCUGCCCAGCCUCACGCCUGUGGGCUGCACUUGGAGCCAUGGCGGCGGCGGCAGCCGCAGGACGUGGCCCGGGCUCUGGACCUGGGGGCUCCCCGGAGGGGCCCGAGGCGGAGGCUCCGGAGCGUCGGCGGAAGGCGCACGGGAUGCUGAAGCUUUACUACGGCCUCUCGGAGGUGGAGGCGGCGGGGCGCCCCGCGGGGCCGGACCCCUUGGACCCUACAGAUCUCAAUGGGGCGCACUUCGACCCGGAAGUGUAUCUGGACAAGCUGCGAAGAGAGUGCCCACUGGCCCAGCUGAUGGACAGUGAGACGGACAUGGUGCGGCAGAUCCGGGCUCUAGACAGCGACAUGCAGACCCUGGUCUAUGAGAACUACAACAAGUUCAUCUCAGCCACAGUGACCAAGCACCACUGCAGUCCUUUUCAAGCACCUAAUCAUCAAUGUGACCCUCGAGGAGUGAGCUCAGACACCAUCCGGAAGAUGAAGAACGAUUUCCGGAAGAUGGAGGAUGAGAUGGACCGGUUGGCCACCAACAUGGCAGUGAUCACGGACUUCAGCGCGCGCAUCAGCGCCACGCUGCAGGACCGCCACGAGCGCAUCACCAAGCUGGCAGGGGUCCACGCGCUGCUACGAAAGCUGCAGUUCCUCUUCGAGCUGCCCUCGCGCCUCACCAAGUGCGUGGAGCUGGGCGCCUACGGGCAGGCGGUGCGCUACCAAGGCCGCGCGCGGGCCGUGCUGCAGCAGUACCAGCACCUGCCCUCAUUCCGCGCCAUCCAGGACGACUGCCAGGUCAUCACGGCCCGCCUGGCCCAGCAGCUACGGCAGCGCUUCAGGGAGGGUGGCUCUGGCGCCCCUGAGCAAGCCGAGUGCGUGGAGCUGCUGCUGGCCCUGGGCGAGCCUGCGGAGGAGCUGUGCGAGGAGUUCCUGGCUCGCGGCCGAGCGCGGCUGGAGGAGGAGCUGAGGGGCCUGGAGGCGGAGCUGGGGCCCUCCCCUCCGGCUCCCGACGUGUUAGAAUUCACUGACCGCGGCGGCAGCGGCUUCGUCGGGGGCCUCUGCCAGGUGGCGGCGGCCUACCAGGAGCUGUUUGCGGCCCAGGGCCCGGCGGGUGCCGAGAAGCUGGCAGCCUUUGCGCGGGAGCUGGGCAGCCGCUACUUUGUGCUGGUGGAGCGGCGGCUGGCUCAGGAGCAGGGUGGCAGUGACAACUCCCUGCUCGUGCGGGCGCUGGACCGCUUCCACCGGCGCCUGCGGGCGCCCGGGGCCCUGCUGGCCGCCGCCGGGCUGGCAGAGGCCGCCACGGAGAUCGUGGAGCGAGUGGCCCGUGAGCGCCUGGGCCAGCACCUGCAGGGCCUGCAGUCGGCCUUCCUGGGCUGCCUGACGGACGUGCGGCAGGCGCUGGCGGCCCCUCGAGUUGCUGGGAAGGAAGGCCCCGGCCUGGCCGAGCUGCUGGCCAACGUGGCCAGCUCCACCCUGAGCCACAUUAAGGCCUCGCUGGCCUCUGUGCAUCUCUUCACUGCCAAGGAGGUGUCUUUCUCCAACAAGCCCUACUUCCGGGGCGAGUUCUGCAGCCAGGGUGUCCGUGAGAGCCUCAUCGUGGGCUUCAUCCGCUCCAUGUGCCAGACAGCUCAGAACUUCUGUGACAGCCCCGGGGAGAAGGGGGGCGCCACGCCGCCUGCCCUGCUCCUGCUGCUGUCCCGCCUCUGCCUGGACUACGAGACCGCCACCAUCUCCUACAUCCUCACCCUCACCGACGAACAGUUUCUGGUGCAGGACCAGUCUCCAGUGACACCCGUGAGCACGCUGUGUGCGGAGGCCAGGGAGACGGCACGGCGGCUGCUAACCCACUAUGUGAAGGUGCAGGGCCUGGUCAUAUCGCAGAUGCUGCGCAAGAGUGUGGAGACACGGGACUGGCUCAGUACCCUGGAGCCUCGGAACGUGCGUGCCGUCAUGAAGCGGGUGGUGGAGGACACGACAGCUAUCGACGUGCAGGUGGGGCUCCUGUAUGAGGAGGGUGUUCGCAAGGCCCAGAGCAGCGACUCUAGCAAGAGGACCUUCUCCGUUUACAGCAGCUCUCGGCAGCAGGGCCGUUAUGCACCCAGCUACACACCCAGUGCCCCAAUGGAUACCAACCUCUUGAGCAACAUCCAGAAGCUGUUCUCUGAGCGUAUUGACGUGUUCAGUCCUGUGGAGUUCAAUAAGGUGUCCGUGCUGACCGGCAUCAUCAAAAUCAGCCUGAAGACACUGCUGGAGUGUGUGCGACUGCGCACCUUUGGGCGCUUUGGGCUGCAGCAGGUGCAGGUGGACUGCCACUUCCUGCAGCUCUACCUGUGGCGCUUUGUGGCUGAUGAGGAGCUUGUGCACCUGCUGCUGGACGAAGUGGUGGCCUCAGCUGCCCUGCGCUGCCCGGACCCAGUGCCCAUGGAACCCAGUGUCGUCGAGGUCAUCUGUGAGCGUGGCUAGGUCCGGUCACCCCAAUCCGCUCAUCCCCUUGUGUCCCGACCUGGUGGCCCGCCCUGGUAGCCCUUCCCCUCGGGGCCUGCCUAAUAAAGACUUGUUGUCUCCU